UUAUCCUCAUCAUCUUGAGACAAUGUAGAGGUUCAGGUUUGCCCGUCUGGGUAUAUAGAGUGAAUUCCUGCCCCGAACCAGGAAAUUUAAGCAAAUGGGUAGAGGCGUCAAAAAGAUUAAACUGUUAUCAUAACUUGACUUCAAAUAAUGCACAAGAACAGGCGAUGGUUUAUCAUUGCUUGCCUAGCUCCUUUUUAAACGAAACUGUGGAAUUUUGCGGCACAAAUGUACCCAUAUCGCCAGGAAAUUGUCCUGUCUACAACUACCGGUUUCACCAAAACAAACAUCCGUCCUACCAAAACUGUAGAGAUUUUACGUUAGGAUGUCCAACCAAGAUGUUUCACUCGAAAAAUGUCUACUUGUAUUCCGAGUGUUUGAAAAUUAACAGGAAAUCACAAUGCUAUGAGGCACAGACAAAUUGUUCAAACAUAAUAGAUUCCUUUAAAACAACCACCGAGACGAAAAUGUCAAGACAAACAACUACAAGGUCAAUAAUGGUCAGUGAUGAUUCCGACAGUUUGGAUUCCGUGAAUGUAGUUGAGAUGACAAAUAGUGAAGACUCUAAUCAAAGAGUCAUCUACAUUGCUAUUCCCUUGGCCAUCCUGCUUAUAGCUACAAUAAUUAUCGUCAUUGUUUUACGGAAAAGAAUAAUUAGUUAUUACAAAUACUUUAUUUCUAAACCAUCAGGAAUCAUAUCGGAUACUGAAGUUUGUACAUUAAGACAGAUGGAAAAUGUACACAAUACCACACCCAAAACACCUUUUGAGGAGACUGGAGGAUGUUCGGAGGUUCUUACAAUGGAGAAUGAAAGUGACCAAAGUGCAUCUUCAAAUGAGUUUGAUCAGCAUCGUUCACAUGAGGAAUUAAAUGGACAAACUGGAUAUCACAAGAGCGAAGAAAGAGUAUCUUUGUUGGACAAUAUGUUCAUUGGUGCAAAAAUGGGACAGUAUAAUAACUUUCUCCAGUCUUUAGCAAAACGCAUGACACCAAAAGUAUUUCUUCGAAUUAAAAAUUUUGUAAAAGAUAGAAGAGAAAUGAAUGGCAAGGAAUUAGAGGACAUAAAAGAACCAAAUGAAUUGUUAGAUUACUUGGAUAAGAAAUACCUUCUUUUCAACAACAUUGUCUAUCUGCAAGGACUCUUUUUGGCGUGUAAAGCACCAGAUCUGUAUGAUCGAUGUUUGGAGUAUGCUAAAAACAGGGGAAAGGAAAUAACACAUUUUGAAGCAAAAAUACUAAAAAGUGAUCAUACAAAGGCAAAAUACGUAAUUAAUUGCCCAGAUAUUUCUGAAUACGAUUUACCGGAGCUUGAGAAGUUACGACUGAUGUUAGCAACGCUGAUCCAUGCAAAUCACGAUGAUAUACUAGUUUCUGGAGUAAAAAACGGAUGUGUAAUUGUAACAAUGAUGAUACGGAAUUGCCUGAUUCCGACCCUGAAGGCGCUUUAUACGUCAGAAAAAAGAAUAAAUAUGACAUGCCAAUGGAUGUUAAAACUGUCUUUGAAAUACAAAAUCAUUAAAGUGAUGAUCCAAGAUGAAGUUAUAUACCCACCUGAUAUAUUGUCGAAUGCGGCUGGAUUAACCGCUGAAGAAAAAUUAAGUCGUCAUGUUCUGCGAUCCAGUUUUAAAGCUGAACCUAAAAAUCCAAAGACCAAUGUUAUCGACACCAAUGUUUCAAACGCUUUGGAAUGCAAAGAGAAAUCAGCCACUUGCAAGGAUAGUGUACUUUCAAAAGACAUGGCCAAAUCCAACAACACCCUAUCUGAAUUUACCGAUUUCCUGAAUGAAAUCGGGGGUCGUAUUACAGACGACACUUGGCACGCUAUGAAAAUUCAUUUAAACGACUUUUUGGAUCCCGAGUAUGUUAAAGAAAUAAAAACAACUGAAAUGCUUACUGGUUUAUCGGACAAGUUGAAACUCCAGUAUAACAUGUGUUUUCUUGAAUGGAUAUUCGACAUUUGUGGAGAGCCUAAACUGGUCAAAGAAUGUCAAGACCUCUCCGCUAAGUUUCAGUUGGAAUGUUUCGAAAUCGAUAUAAUACCAUGUGAUGAAUGCCAAAAAUUAGAAUUCCAGUUUAUGGUAUCUGAAAUAGAAGCAUACAAGGACGAGCUUCAGGAUUUGAGAUAUUGGAUGGCAAAGACAAUACAUGUGCAUCCUGGACAAAUUCUAAUGACAAAUCUUAAGAAUGGACCAGUUAAGGCCACAUUUUUAAUGGGAGAAAAUCAUGCCAAUGCUAUUCUUGAAUACCUGAAGACGGACGAUGGUCAAAUUGCUGCAUCACGUAAAAGGAUUGAAAAAAUUGUCCAAAAUGGGAACGUCAUUAAAAUUGGUAAAGCCCUAAAUGGAUCUAUUUUUGUACAAAUUCGUCUACGUUUACAAGAAAAUAGUUCUGGGAUACGUGCUGGUGUGAGGAAAUUAGCAUCGAUUUUUCUUCGACGUACAGGGAUACGUAUGGAAGGCAAUGAGAUCUACACAAGAACUGUCCCAUCAGAUCAAAAAACAAAUGAAACCAAAGCCAAGCCAAUCAAAGAGGAAUCAUUUAUUGAGAAAAACCGCGGCCUUAUUUUAGAGAAUAUAGAGCCUUUGACCAUUGAACACACAGACAUUGCAGAAUUGUUUAACAGAGAAGACCUGGCAGAUAUGAAAGAUAUCAUAGGAAGACGUUACCAAGCAGAAUACUUCUUGAAAAUGUGCGACAUGCUACCAAAUGAAAAGAGAGAAAAAGCAUGCGAAUAUUUGGAAGAAAUUGUUUCUUUGCCUAAAGAAAAAUCAACACAUGAGGAGCUCUCUCCUGCAAAGAAAUGGAUUCAACAAAAUAGAGAGGAUCUUCUGGAUGAAAUAGACUCUGGGUUUAUCAAAAGUGCCAUCUAUCAGUUGGAAGAUGUCCCUGAGGAAGUAAAAACCUCGUGGUCUGACCCGAACAAAAGUAGAACAGAAAAGGCUAAGAUAUUCUUGGAUUUUGCUCUACAAAAGGAUGAAUAUGUUAAAGCGUUGAAGAAGACAAUGGAGGAAUACGGAAUGCAGCUUCCGGAAUGACAGACUAGUUCAACAAUUUGAAUAAAAUAAUUCAUAUUUAUGUAUCAUCUCCGAGAUUAAUCCUUCAAAUGCUAAUUUUGAAUUUGACAGUCUACGUAAUAAUUUUUACAAAUUGUAUGGUUUUUUUAUAGAAAUCAUUGAAAUCUUUUCGUUUAGGAAAAGAAAAUAACCGAGAGUUGUGUUUUACGUUGUUAAAUUAAAUGUGUAAUUUUUUAUCAUAUACAUGUAUAUAUAUGCUUUAUAUUCUAUUUAUUUUUACAUGCAUUGUUGUCUGUGACAGUUGUGUUAUGCAUAAUCAAAACUAAAUGAACUGUUAAUGUUAGUCUUUCAACUUUUUAAAAAUAUUGUUAAAACUUUCUGAAUAUGCAGUGCUUUGACAUUUCAUGUGGUGAUAACUUGCACUGAGAAUAAAAAAUACGAUAAUGUAAAGCAACUUUACUACUAUUCUUGAAUAAAAUAUUUUACUAAAUAAACUGUUUGAACUUGA